AUGUCAACUGUGGAUAAUCAGCCAUGCUGCUGCAAUCCUGAGGAUGCGAACUAUGAUAUCGAAGUUCAUCAAGAUAACCACGAUCACUCUAUUGUAAGAGUAAAAUACAGAACUUCUUCUCGUGAUGAUACUAGUGCGUUUACUAAGUCUAGUGAUAAUGGAUUACCGACAAUAAAAGUACUCGGAACGGGAGGCACAAUUGCGUCGAAGGGUCAAACAGCCUAUCAAACAGCAGGCUACAAAGUAGAUAUGACCAUCGAAGAUCUCAUUGAAACAAUUCCCGAUUUGUCAAUGACAUGUAAUUUGCAAUAUGAGCAGGUUUUAAAUGUUGAUUCGUCGGACAUAGGUACUAAAGAAGUCUUGACAAUAUACCAGAAAGUAGCUGAAGAUAUUGAGAGUUUUGAUGGGAUUGUUAUAACACACGGAACGGAUACUAUGGAGGAAACGGCGUUUUUUUUGCAACUCACAAUAAACACACAUAAACCAAUAGUAAUGUGUGGGUCCAUGCGACCCUCGACCGCCAUUUCCUCUGAUGGUCCAAUGAACUUGUACCAAGCAAUAGUUAUAGCUGCAAAUAAGAACUCAAAAGACAGAGGCGUACUUGUUGCGUUAAACGACAGGAUUGGUUCUGGAUUCUAUAUUACGAAAUCAAAUGCCAACUCGCUAGAUACAUUUAAAUCAAUUGGUCAAGGCUACUUAGGAAGCUUUGUAAAUAAUCACAUUCAUUAUUAUUUUCCAGCUGUUAAGCCACUUGGGAUAACUUACUUUGACUUGAACGUAUCUGAAUUUGUAAGUCCUGAAGUUCCCAUUUUAUAUGCCCACCAAGAUUUCAAUGACUCCAUGAUAGAGAUUGUUGUCAAGAAUCUAAAUGCGAAAGGAUUAGUACUAGCAACUAUGGGUGCAGGAUCCAUGUCAUCUAAAACUAAUAAAGUACUUGCCAGAAUAGCUACGGAGAGAAAUAUCCCUGUCGUUUAUUCCAAGAGAUCUAUGGAUGGAAUGAUUCCUACUGACUCCUUGCCAGAAAUAGAAAAUGCAGGUCAUGCAAUAGCCAGUGGAUAUUUGAAUCCACAGAAGGCUAGAAUUUUACUUCAAUUUUGUUUGUAUAAAAACUUCUCAAUAGAUAAAAUAAAGGAGAGCUUUGAAGUGAUCUAUGGAGGUUAA